AUGGAGAGUAGUCCGAGCUGUUUGGAGCGGGAAUUAUCAGCAGCUGACGACCAGCAACCGAUCGUCCCGCCGGAUGAUGCCGAACGCACGCCGGAAAACGAUGGGCGCCGCAUCAAACCGACACCGAUGCCGGCGAUCGAGUCGCAAAAUCCGCGCCUUCUAUCCUCGCUGUACAGCUUUCUCGUGAUCGUCAGCUUCUUUCUCGUCGGUUUUGCCGCGUUCCGCAACACACUGACCUGGCAUCUGCAGCGGUUCUGGGGCGCAUCCGGGGACUUCUGGCAGUCGCAGUGGGAUCGCUUCAUCGACUUCACCGGCGAGGAUCCGGCCCGGCUGUGGGUGCUGAGCACCACCAUCUUCACGAUGGCGGUGUACUGGGUGUUCGGUGGCAUCUACACGCUGUUUGACGUGACGUGCCGGCCGGCGAUCAUACGCCGGUACAAGAUGCAACCGGGCACGAACGAACCGGUCGACCGGCGCCGGCUGGCGAAGGUGAUUGCGACCGUGCUGAUGAACCAAACGGUGGUCGGUGUACCGAUGGCGUACUGCAUGUACCAGGCGAUGCGUUUCCGUGGGCUGAACGAUUUGCGCGAGCUGCCCACCUUUCACUGGGUGCUGGCGGAGCUGUCAUUCUGCAUCUUCAUAGAGGAGAUUGGGUUUUACUACGCGCACCGGCUGCUGCACAGCCGACGGAUCUACCGGUACAUCCACAAGCAGCACCACGAAUGGACGGCCCCGAUCGCCAUCACCGCCAUCUACUGCCAUCCGGUGGAGCACGUGUUCAGCAACCUUGUACCACCGUUUCUGGGCAUCUUCAUGCUCGGCAGCCACGUGGCGGUGGCCUGGUUGUGGUUUACGCUGGUAAUACUCUCCACGUUGAACGCGCACUCCGGCUACCAUCUGCCAUUCUUUCCGAGUCCCGAAGCGCACGACUUCCAUCAUCUCAAGUUUAACCAAUGUUUCGGUGUGCUUGGAGUGCUCGAUCGGCUACACGGUACGGACGCACUGUUCCGCACGACGAAGGCAUAUGCGCGACAUAUCAUGAUGCUGAGUUUCAUACCGGCCCGUGAAGCGUUCCCCGAACCGGCCAAGAAGGCGUUCUGA